AUGGAUCACUGGGUCCAGGCCAUCUACUUCGCCAAACUCUACCCCGUCGCCACCGCCACAUCGCUGAAAUUUUCGGCCUUGAACGCGAACCGGUCCGUCGAGAACAUCUUCGAUUACACCCUUGAAGUGACUCUGUCUCACCAGAGCGCCUCGCGAGCGACGCAGGCCACGAGAUCGAUCUUGUCGGCAUGAGUCACGAGGCUGCUAUCGCCCAUCUCUCCUAUCUGCUUUGAGCCUGGAGUUCCUCUGCCGGACCAUCUUGCGGCUUAUCAACCACAGAUCUUAGGCGUACAACAUUCAUCAAUCCUGCGUAAUGGGGCGGCUCACCAUCGCGUUACGGUUGGGUUCGUCACCGGCGAGGCACGUGACGCGGCGCUCACGACGCCCCCCGCUCUCACUUGGCGAUCGGCGAAGGCCCGCUUCGCGAAGUCUCACAGGUUCCACCAUAACAUGGUCGAGCUUCGAAUCAACGUCGGUGUUCAAGGAGUGCCCUCCAUGGAUGCCAUCAUCAAAUCGUUCCAAUCACUUGUGCAAGACCUGUCAGCCAAGGGACAUUCAUGCCAACUUGUGCAGGUUCUGCACGUUAUCAGCGUGGACAACACCUCGGCCUUCGCCCAUGUUGCCGGAGACUACUCGGCUUUCCUACACUUCGAUGACGACUCCCUAUUCCAAUGCCCCAACACGACCUUGAAGGAGAUUCUACCUUCGAGGAUCGACCUUCCCACUCGAGGCAUCCCGGUUACCGCCCUUUGCCAUGACUAUGAGAAGGAGGCGGCUUGCGGUAGGUGCCACUUUGUGGGUCACGUGGGAACCUGCGGACUGGAUCAGGAGAGGAAGCGGAAGGAGGCUCACAACGGCAUCAUCAACAGCAACAAAAACACCAUCACCCACAACACCAACAUCGCGGAGGCCGAGGCCCCCAUUCCUGUGCUGGUUGUUAACAGGAUCACAUCACAGAAUCACUUCGCCGGGCUUGAGGUCGAGGAGGGACAGGAGGAAGAGGUAACUGGCCAGGGCGAACAGGGACCGGAGGAAUCGGGGGAGGAAGAUGCUGGUGAUAAGGUGGAUGACGAGGACUCGGAGGACUCGGAGAUGGAAUCGGAGGCGGCCGCGAAAACGGAGGUCAUCAAAAUUGAAAGCGAGGACGAGUCGGUCUUGGAGGACUGCAGCGGAUCCGAUGGAGAGGUGAUUGAUGAGAAUGAGGUGAUGGCGGAUGAAAGAGGUGAAACGGGAGGAGAGGUGGCUACGGAGAUGGAGGAAGAGGAGGUGGCGACGGAGGUGGGCGAUGUGGACGAAGCGAGGGGAUCGACGAAAGCGGAGAAUGCGGAAGCGACGGACUUAGGGGAAAUGAACAGGCUGGACAAUGACGACGACAGCGACGCCACAGCAACCGCCGCCACCGCUUCCCGCGAAUCGACGCCGCACGAACCAACCCCACCUCUGUCACCCGAAACUCUCGCCAAGUCGCUACGCGAGGGGGAGGAGUGGGACAGGAUUAGAGCUAACUGGGUUGAGCAGGCACGACUUGAGCGGGACCAAAGCAUUGAGAGGAGGCUCAACGCUGAAACCCCUUUGGUGCGUCACAACUUUGCCACGUGGGACGAGGACGGUGAGAUAUGCUCCAUCAACAUCAGGGGGACCGCUGCGAAGUUCAAGAAGCAGGUGAUGAAGAGGUCGCAGACUGCGGCGGACCUCAGUGACCCAAGUGACGAACUGACCGACGCCAAGCGAGUCAUCAUCAAAGGGAAGAGCCGCGUCGUGGUGAAGGAUGGAAUAGAGGGGUGGAGGGUGACGAGGUCGAUGUCGGCGGCAGCGGCGAUGCAGGUCGAGGUGACGAAGGUGGACAGAGGGAAAGGAAGAGGGGUAGCUGAGGAAAAACGAUGGUCCGACCACGAGCCCGAGGACGAUGUCCUGCCCGCCCUUCCCCUCUUUGAGGACGUCACCACCGCCAAGAGCACCUCGACCUCGACUACCCAUUAAUGAUCAAGCACACCAUCAUCACCUGGAACGUAAGAAGGGGCAUGGGGGUCCUGGAAAAACGAUGUAAUAUCUACACCUACCUUUCCACAUUCAAAGCUUCCGCGAUUCUCUUACAAGAGCAUUUCAUCAGACCACAAUUCUGGCAGCUCAUCAAGGAUGAGUACGAGGGCAAGCUCUUCAUCAACCAGCACUGCCUGACCCUGAUCCCGGCCGACUUGCCCCUGAUCAACGCCGAGCUCUUGCGUGUAGAGUGUGGACCGAAGAGCUGUUCGGAAUUGGGUGUAGCGACCACUAGGGCUACUGGUCAAGCGUCGUGUCAGGAUGACAGCGUGUACUCGAAGGAAGCCUUUUUUUUUAUUACUGGGGCUCAUAAAUUGCAAUCCUUCGGGUUGGCUGGGACCGCUAGAAAAAGAGCUAAAAGAGGUUAUAAAGCAACGACGGCAAGCAAUUGGGUGAAAGUCAAACCCCUGCGCGCAAAGAGCGCUGCGCAGAUCAAAACCCGCCGAGCACCUAACGCGGACUCCAACGGGCGGUGA